ACUCUGCCAAUGUGCGUUUCAUUCCUCGUGGGAAAUUUUGGCAAUCAUCUUUCGUUACAUUCGUUUUUACGGGUUCACGUUAUAGGUUUUGGGGUUGCUAACUCAAUCCAAACUUCACUUGUAUGUAUAUAUAACUCCAAUUUCAAAAUGUACCCAAACCACCGCACUCCGUACCGAGAAAAAGGAGGCAUUAAGUUUUUUGAUCACUACAAAUUUAAUUGGUUAUUGGACAUAACAACAACAUUUGCACAAAUUCAAUGAUACAAUGAUUCCCCCCCCAAUUUCAACAUUAACCAAAAAUCCUUUGCUCAAACCCAUCAGACUAAUUUGUGUCUGCAUUUCCUUCCUUUCCGUAAAUUUCAGUCCUGGGAUUACCGCAACUCUUACCUCAAUGCAUACUUCACAUUUUCUCAAAUUGUCUGUGAAACUUUGGAAUCUUCCAUAAAAGCAGAUAUAUAUAAGCCAACGACUCGUUCCUCAUGCCAUUCACUAGCACAGCCACUGCUAAAAAUCUACCAUAAUUUUUUCGGCUCCUGAAUUUAAUACAAGCUCUAAAGUAAAUCUGCAUAACUGAUUUGUUACCAUGUCCCCCCAAAAAGAAAGCUCCCCACUCCUCCAAGAUUUCGAUAAAACAGUCGAAACCCCAGAUACCAAGGCUGAAGACGAUAUCCGCAAAGAAUACUCAAUCGAUCCCAAAUACACGGAAAUUAUCCUCCAACCAUUCGAAUACUAUCAGAAACUCCCGUCAAAAAAUAUCCGCAGAAAAAUCGCCGACAUUUUCAAUUAUUGGUACAGAUGUUCCAAAGAGGACAUAGAUCGUGCGAGUACCGCAAUGCACGGACUUCAUAACGCGAGUUUAAUAAUUGACGACAUUGAAGAUGGCAGCGAUAUGCGUCGUGGUCAACCCGCCGCCCACAUUCAGUUCGGCGUUCCUCUCGCUCUCAAUGCAGCCAACUAUGUUUACUUUGACUCUGUGAAGCGCAUAAUUGAAGAGAAGAAUGACGAAGCGACGCCCGAAGACAGGUUGAAGGCGACCUUAGAAUUCGUGAAUGCCAUGAUGGUCAUGCAUGUCGCUCAAGGGAUGGAGAUAUUCUGGCGAGAUGAGAAUCUCAAAGGGACGAAUAGCAAGGAUUCUAAAACAUUCCAGCACAUCCCAACGGAACAAGAGUACUUUGAUAUCAUAGUAAAAAAGACUGCCGGACAGUUCGUUAUGCUCUCGGAAAGUCUGAAGGAAAGAAGUAAAACUUUGUACAAGGAUCAACCCGCACUUUCCGCACACGUGUUGGCGAGCAGUAUGGGAUAUCACUUUCAAAUCAGGGAUGACCUUCUGAAUCUCAUCUCAAACACGUACGAAGCUGGAAAAGGGUUUUGCGAGGAUAUCACAGAGGGAAAGUACAGCUUUCCCAUAAUUUACACGCUGAAUCGGUACCACGAAAAGGACGGUAUUGGGAUUGACAAAGCGGCACGACUCCUUGAAAUCUUGAGGAUGAGGACGACUGACAGAGCCUUGAAGAAGGAGGCGUACGACAUCAUCGAGGAGUCGGGAGCAUUCGAAUAUACAAAGAACGUGCUCAGAGAGUAUCAUGGAAAAAUUGGCAGGGAAGUGUUGCGAUUGGGCGGAAAUCCGGUAUUUGUGGAGCAUAUGGAUAUUUUCGCAGAGGUUUUCUAACUGCGAAGUCAUAGUUAUAUAAGUAUCUCGUAAUUUUUUCAUGUUCCUAUAAAAAAUAAAUUGUUGUCACUCUAACCAGAGCCAGUAAUAAAUAUUAACAUACUUAAAAAUA